AUGUCCCGCACCCCAGAAGAGAAGCAGGAGCCAGAAAAGAUCGCAGUCGUCGACGUCGCCGUGGACGACGAUGUAGAGCUCGGCGGCGAACCCGAGAUUGACCAUGUAGCAGAGCGCAAGCUGCUAAGAAAGAUCGACUGGAAUCUCAUCCCGGUAUUUGGGGCUUUGUACAUGAUGUCUUUCCUGGAUCGGUCCAACCUCGGUAACGCCGGACUCACAAGCUUUUCCGACGACCUUGGCUUGGUCGGGAAUCAAUACGGUGCUGCCGUUUCGGUAGUCUACUCGACGUAUGUCGUGUUUGAGCCUUUCUGGACCGUCCUCUUGAAGAUCAUCACCCCCCGAUACCUCUUAACCGCCACCACAAUCUGCUGGGCCUCUCUAACAAUCGGCUCCGCCUUUGUCAAGAACUACGACCAAUUCAUGGCCUGCCGUGUCCUCCUCGGCGCAUUCGAAGCCGGCAUGAUCCCCUGCACCACCCUCUACCUCACCAUGACGUACAACCGAAACGAAUACGCCAGUCGGCAGACUGUUGUCUUUGUGUUUUCAGCGAUUAGUAGUGGGUUUGGAGGACUGUUGGCCUAUGCUUUGUCGCAUAUCAAGGGCAACCUUGCAGGGUGGCAGUGGCUCUUCCUCGUGGAAGGACUUCUGUCCAUGUGUCUCGCGCCCAUCGCCUGGUACCAAAUCCCCAACAACGUCUCCGAAGCCCGCUGGCUCAAACCGCACGAGAAAGAGAUCCUCCGCGUCAGGCAAGAGAGGAACAAGUCUGUCUAUGACCACCAAGAGGAAUUUUCGUGGUCUGCUAUCUAUUCAGUGUUGAAGGAUUUCAGACUCUGGGUUGCCGCCGUCAGUCAUUUCGGUAUCGACUCCACCCUCUAUUCCCUCACAACAUUCACCCCCUCCCUCCUCGCCGGCCUCGGUUUCACCUCCACCACCGACGCCCAACUCCUCACCGUCCCCGUCUACGCCCUUGCCGCCAUCUCCUACGUCAUCUUAGGCCGCCUCUCCGACAAAUUCCAAAUGCGUGGACCCAUGAUUGCUGCAUCCCUCUUCUUCUGCUUGAUCGGUUACAUCAUUCUGAGUACGGCACCGCAAGUUGGGGUUCGGUAUGCGGGGGUGUUUAUCGCUAGUGUGGGGCUUUAUGGGUCUACUUCUUUGAAUGUUUUGUGGGCGGCCGAUAACUUUGCGGGUCAUUAUCGUCGUGCAUUCGCUAUGGGAUUCAUCCAACUCGUCGGCAAUUCUGCAGGCGCAUGUGUAGGAUUCAUCUUUACAACCCAAACAGCCCCGCGAUACUUGGAAGGACUGCACUUCGAUAUCGGCAUCACCUUGAUGUCUAUCGUGUGUACUGGUAUACUUUCGGGAUACGCAUGGUACGGCAACAAGAAGAAGCACGCUGCGAUUGCUGCCGGGGCGGAAGAUAGGCCAGAGCUGGGAGACGCCAAUCCUCAUUACUUGUAUUACAUCUAA